GUAAGGUGUAUGGGCGCUUCUUAGUGACGUCACUCUGUUGCUCUUCCCCUCACGGUACCGCAUGAACAUGGCUGGCAGCACCUGGAGGUCACUGAUCAGUCGCUUGGCAGGAGCCAUCAAUACUCCUCAGAAUGGAGUCAGAGCAUUUUCUAGCCAUGUGCAGACUGUCACACUCAUACCAGGCGAUGGGAUAGGACCGGAGAUUUCCUCAGCAGUAAUGAAGAUUUUUGAGGCAGCCAAAGCACCUAUCCAGUGGGAAGAGAGGAAUGUUACCGCUAUUAAGGGACCUGGUGGCAAAUGGAUGAUCCCUCCAGAAGCCAAAGAAUCCAUGGAUAAAAAUAAGAUGGGGCUUAAAGGACCUUUGAAGACACCAAUUGCUGCUGGACAUCCAUCCAUGAACUUGUUACUUAGGAAAACAUUUGAUCUUUACGCGAAUGUGCGUCCAUGUGUCUCCAUUGAUGGCUACAGAACUCCUUACACUGAUGUGGAUUUGGUUACCAUACGAGAGAACACUGAAGGAGAAUACAGUGGGAUCGAGCAUGUGAUUGUGGAUGGAGUAGUGCAAAGCAUUAAACUGAUAACAGAGCAAGCCAGCCACAGAAUUGCAGAGUUUGCCUUUGAAUAUGCGCGGAACAACCAAAGAAGUACUGUAACAGCAGUGCACAAAGCCAACAUCAUGAGAAUGUCUGACGGGCUUUUCUUGAAGAAGUGCAGAGAAGUUGCUGAAAACUAUAAAGACAUCAAGUUUAAUGAAAUGUACUUGGAUACAGUGUGCCUCAAUAUGGUCCAAGAUCCUACACAGUUUGAUGUUCUUGUAAUGCCAAACCUGUAUGGAGACAUCUUAAGUGAUCUGUGUGCUGGACUAAUCGGUGGGCUCGGGGUUACACCAAGUGGAAACAUUGGUGCUAAUGGCGUGGCAAUAUUUGAGUCGGUCCAUGGUACUGCCCCUGAUAUUGCGGGUAAAGACCUAGCAAAUCCGACUGCUCUUCUGUUAAGUGCUGUUUUGAUGCUGCGGCACAUGGGGCUACAUGAAUAUGCACGGAAGAUAGAGAAUGCCUGCUUUGAAACCAUAAAAAAUGGCAAGACAUUAACUAAAGACUUGGGCGGAAAUGCAAAGUGCUCUGAUUUUACAAAUGAAAUCUGUCAAAGAAUACGGGACAGCGAAUGAGUCUCUGCUGGUUCCUGUAUUAAGCUUGGCCAGCUGACAUCACACGCACAUCUUGUUCUGCUGAUCCUGCUUUCAUUUAUCAACUCUUUAACCCUUCAUUGACUGUGAGCAAUAGAAAAUACAAAGAUGUGGGUCAGUGAAGAUCUGAUGGAGAAGGGAAGACAAUACCAAACCCACCAAUUUAAAUUAACUGCAGCAAAUGACAGUGGAGUGUUACAGUCAAAUCUACAAACAAGAAGUGUGAGAGGUUAUAUGUGACGCCUUUUCAAAUGUGCUCUACAAUAAUGUUGAUGGUGUGAAUGUGUUCACCUGAUAAGCUGUGCUUUUUUCUUGAAUAGUAUGAGCAGCUGCUAUAAAAUGAGUAUGUUUGGAGGGAGACCAAAAAUUCACUGUACACUCAUUGCUUCUGCAACACUUCAAAUUUUUUUUUCUGCAAUAUAUAUCAGAUAUUGAUCAUAUUGACUCAAAUGAUCACUCUUAAUAUUGUAUAACAUUACAUUAUGCAUACCAUCCCUAUUUUAUUUUCCCCUUUUCAUUAUAUCCCUGUUAAGUACUAUAUGAAAUUCUAGACAGUUUCUUUAUGCAGGCUUGCAAAAGUAAUCGGGCAUUCAAAAAGGGGGCCUUAUCACUUUGCUUAUCUGCAACUGGAUUGCUCUGAUUGGUAAACCCCUAAACAGUGACGUUAUUUUGUAAGUAUCAUGCCAUAUCAGAUACACUACUCAAAAGUAGUGGUUCAGUCAACCACUAGAGGGUGCUGCAGCACAUUGUUUAAUUGUGGGAUAAAGCACAGUCCAAAUCAGAACCCACGUGUAUGAAUGUCUUGUCUUGCCUUAAUCUGUUGCUCUAUUUAUUAUGAUGUUUUGAAGAGCUUACCGUGUACCUGUUAUCUCUGCGCUGCUGUGUUCGUAUUGCACUUUUUUUUUUAUGCAACUUCAUUAAAUGUGCAAGGUGUACCAAAAA